AUCAAAAUGCUAAUCAAUUUAGUAAGCCACAAACUUCCAGGAAGAAAAAAUAUCGUCAUCCAAGUUAGUCGUCUCGACAUUCAGUAUUUCGGUGGAUUUUGCAUUGUCAGUAUUUAGCAGUUCAACGAUUGAAAUCGGGAAAUUGUUGAGAUUUUGUAGACCCGUACAUGAAUGCUUCAGAAUUUUUAACGACUCUCAGACGCGUGACGCAACUUCAUUAUACCGCUUUUUGCUUUUCAUCUCAUAAGCAACUGUUGAAAACAAUCCAUAAUUAUAUGCAAGGAUGUAUUCUGAAAAUAAUUUCGGCAAAGAUUAUCAGCAUAUCUAAACACGAACUACGAUUGCGUGUUUGUAACAACGAAAGAGAUCUUGAUGAAAGUUUGCGACACAUGACCGAAUAUCUUAUUCGUGAUAUCGAGAUAAUGUUGAUACGUGACAUGAUGCUUCAUUCACUUGUGAACAUAAGUAGAAUUAAAAAAUUCAAUGACUUAUGUAACGAAGAUAUUGUAGGCAGACAUUUUCCCAUAACUGACUGCAUAAAGCAAUUUUAUUUUUUUCUUCAGCUAGACCGUAGAAUUGUAGAUGGCAUUAACACCUUUUUGAAUUUCGGAAAGUACGGUCUGCCAAUUUUUAUUAUUCUGGGUCUUUUAGGAAACUGUUUGUCUGCUAUUGUGCUCUUCCGUAAAAAGAUGCGUUCUUUCUCAUCCAACCUCUACUUGGGCGUACUAACAAUAAGCGAUAUCGUCUAUUUGACAACAUUACUCAUUCAAUGGCUUGAAUUAAUGGAUAUAAAACCAAAAGAAAAUGAUUUGUUUUGGUUCAAGAUCUUUAUGAACUUUCUGAGCUUCAUUUCCGAGUUCCUGAGUGUGUGGCUUAUAGUAGCCUUUACCAUCGAGCGAUAUAUAGUGACGAAGUAUCCGCUCUUACGUCGAUCCUGGUGCACUGUCAAACGAGCAAAAUUCGUAGUGAUCACGCUGAUGGGAAUAGCGACUUUGCGCGGCAUUCUAUAUAUGUUUUUUGAUAUCAUAAUGAAUGAUAUAAUUUAA